AGUACCACCGAUUCCCCUCUUCCGUUGUGUAUCUUCAGCCCUGUGUUGUUGACGUUUUGGGCCUCAUCGACUUUCAACUUUACACGUUAUCAAAUAUCAGCAACUUUAAAAUUUAAUUUUGACAAGAAAAUCAGCUGACAUUGGCAUUAAAGAACAUCAAUAUUUCUCAUCUUUUUAAGACUAAAAAUUUUUAGACCACAACUUACAUAAAACCCUGUUCAUACAAAUCUGUUGUGAAUUACAGUGAAAUAGUUCUGAACUUGGGUUACAAAGAAGUUUACACCAUCAGACAUCAGCAACAAACACAGUUGAUGUGAAUAUAGCAGUUAAAAUAAGAGAGAAGAAAUAACAUCUGUUUAUUUUGGAGAUAGAGAAAAACAUGGAAAAUGAAUCAUGUGGAGACAAAGUUGAAUGUAACAUGCAGUCUGAAAGAAUUGGUUUUCCUGAUGAUAUAAAAAAAGAGAAGGAAACAAUACCAUAUCACUGUAAUAUCUGUGAUAGAUCAUUUUCUGAAGAAAGUAACCUUACAGCUCACAAAUGUAUUAAUACUGUAGAGAAACGAUAUGAAUGUGAUAUAUGUGCGACAUGUUUCUGUAGCAUUAAUGAUUUAACUAAACAUGUACGCAUUCAUACAGAAGAGAAACCAUAUCACUGUAAUAUCUGUGGUAAGUCGUUUUCUGAAGAAGGUAACCUCACAACUCACAAAUGUAUUCAUACUUCAGAGAAAACAUACCGGUGUGACAUUUGUGCUAAAUCAUUCUAUGGGAGUAAUGACUUAACUAAACACAUACGCAUUCAUACAGGAGAGAAACCAUAUCGCUGCAAUAUUUGUGGUAAAUCAUUCUCUCAAACUAAUAACUUAGCUAGACACUAUCGCAUACAUACAGGAGAGAAGGCAUAUCACUGUGAUAUCUGUGGUAAAUCAUUCUCUGGAAAUGCUAACUUAACUGCUCAUAAAUACAUUCACACAGGAUUGAAGCCAUAUCACUGUGAUAUCUGUGAUAAGUCAUUCUCAACAAAUCAUCACUUAAAUACUCACAAACUCAUUCAUACAGGAGAGAAACCAUAUAACUGUGACAUCUGUGGUAAAUCAUUCUCUAUGUCAAGUAAUUUAACUAAACACACACGUAUUCAUACAGGAGAAAAACCAUAUCAUUGUGAUAUCUGUGGUAAAUCAUUCUCUCAAAAGUGUCAUUUAAUUAGACAUUCUGGUAUUCAUACCAAAGAGUAACUGUUUCAAUGUCAAUCUGGUUUGUGGGAAAUAAACCACAGCAGGUCUACUAUUUAAUUUAUCCUUCCAGUUUUGUUAAUAUAAUUGAUAAUCAGUGGUGGCUUGUGGCUGAUUCAGAAAAUUUUUCAGCCAUUGUUUUAAUAUUGUGUAAAACGAAACAUAUAUAAAAAGAAAAUUUAUACAUAAACUUGAUAAAAUGAAAUUAUUUUAUACUUAAUAAUAAAUUGUUACAGCUCAAGAUUCAUCCAUUCAUUUAAAACUGAAA